AUGACUUCGUCUCACAACACCUCCGCAGGACACUCGAACAGUGCCACCCAUGGCUCAGCUAACACCCAAAGUAAUAGGAAUCAGGCAGGUCAGAGUAGUGGCAGCAACUCAAAGCCCGACUCGUCUUCCUACGAAUCGGCUUCUUACACAUUCAGUGCUGCUGCCGCCUACGCCCAGCAAAGCAGCCGUUCCGAGCCCUUCAGCACGCAGUCGCCGCAUGUACAGGGUAACCAGGGGGACGUGGCGGCAGCCGAGAAACGACACCAGCAAAAUGCAGAGAGGAGCAUUGGAGCAUUUGAUAACCAGUUCAAUAGCCAGAAUCAGGCUCAGAAUAGACAGUAG